AUGUGGUGCGUUUGUGAAGGGCAUAACUUCUCCUUCGGACUAGAAAACUCCCUCCCAUUCCACUCUCGCAUUCUUACACCGCACUCUACAAUCCCUCUCGUGCUCUCCUGCUGCCAUUCUCAGGGCACUGGGAGCGACUCUUUUCUGUUGCCCUGUUCUUGCUUGGCACUGAAUCGGUUGGCCCUGACAGAGAGUGUGGUCACAUCGUUCCACAAUUCGGCAUUAUUGCGAUGUCUUCCGCGCGCAGUCAUGACAGCCGCGUUGUACAUUUUGGGCUUCUUUGGAGACCUAAUGGUCUGCAGUGACACAGAGCUUCUUUCGCUCGACGCGAUAGACUCUUCACAUCAACUUCAUGGUGCUGAUUGUCGGAUGUGCCGAAACAUUUGCAGUCGGAUGAAUUUAUGGUAUUGA